AUGAAGAUUAGAAGAGGAGUCAUGUCAGAAGAAACAGUAAGGGAAUCACAGUUUUCCUUGAAGACCACAGCACUAAGAGCGUUUGAUCGCCCUCUGUCUUGGUACUAUUCUCUUUCCCAGAUCAGGUUUUCACCGGUAGCUAAAAAGUUGAUUGUGGUAACUGCAGUGACUGCCGUAUCUGUAAUUUUUCUGGCUCAUCACUUUAAAAGAAGACGUGGGAAGAAGAAAGGAAAAACAUUACCAUGGGAACCAGAGCACCUCGUACUUGAAUACACUAGAAGAGCAGCAUCAGAAAAAGGUUCAAGUUGUUCCAGUAGCAGACAGAAUUUGACAUUAUCUUUAAGUUCUGUCAAAGACAAAGGAUCUCAGUCUUGUAACUAUGCUAAUGGAGGACUUUUCAGUAAAUACUCAGGUUCUGCACAGAGUUUGGCCUCUGUCCAGAGUGUCAAUUCUUGUCAUAGCUGUGCUUGUGGCAAUUCUAAUUCCUGGGACAAAACAGAUGAAGAUGAUAUUAAACUUGUUAACAUUCCUGUGACUACUCCUGAGAACUUAUACUUGAUGGGUAUGGAAUUGUUUGAAGAGGCAUUGCGUCGAUGGGAACAAGCUCUAACCUUUAGAAAUAGACAGGCCGAAGAUGAAGCCUGUAGCUCCAUUAAAUUGGGUGCAGGAGAUGCCAUUGCUGAAGAAAAUGUAGAUGAUAUUAUUAGCACUGAAUUUAUCCAUAAGCUUGAAUCUCUGCUGCAAAGAGCAUAUCGUCUCCAAGAGGAGUUUGAAGCUACGCUGGGGGCAUCAGAUCCUAAUUCUCUUGCUAAUGAUUUUGAUAAAAACACAGAUAUUACUGUGAGGGGGAAUGUAGACGACUAUGGCCUUCGAGACACCUUGAGCGUUGCUUCAACCGAUUCCUUUGCUUCAGCAGCAGAGCUUGCAGAACACAGAGAAGUCCGGCAUUCUUACAGUCUGGAGUCUCUUUGCCACUGCCCUUUUUAUGAAGAAGCCAUGCAUUUAGUUGAAGAAGGAAAAAUUUACUCAAGAGUGCUGAGAACUGAAAUGCUGGAGUGCCUAGGAGACAGUGAUUUUCUUGCCAAACUUCACUGUAUACGACAGGCUUUUCAGGUUAUUCUUUCAGAAACAGCCAAUAGGAUAUUCCUUGCUGAGAGUGGAAGGAAAAUUUUAUCAGCGUUAAUUGUGAAAGCACGAAAGAAUCCAAAGAAGUUUGAAGAUGUUUUUGAUGAAAUGAUCUAUUUUUUAGAACAGACUGAUCACUGGGAUAGUACUGAAAUGGAACUUGCUGCUAAAGGAGUGAAAAAUCUAAAUUUUUAUGAUGUUGUUCUGGAUUUUAUAUUAAUGGAUUCCUUUGAAGAUUUAGAAAACCCACCCACAUCCAUACAGAAUGUAGUAAAUAAUCGCUGGCUAAACUCGUCCUUCAAAGAAACUGCUGUGGCUUCAAGUUGUUGGUCGGUGCUGAAACAGAAAAGGCAACAGAUGAAGAUCCCAGAUGGAUUUUUUGCUCAUUUUUAUGCCAUUUGUGAGCACAUCAGCCCUGUCCUAGCCUGGGGCUUUUUAGGCCCUAGAAAUUCUCUCUAUGAUUUAUGUUGCUUCUUUAAGAAUCAGGUUCUUUUCUUUCUCAAAGACAUUUUUGACUUCGAGAAAGUACGCUAUUCCAGCAUCGAGACCUUGGCGGAAGACCUCAUGCAGUUACUUAUUCGCCGCACUGAACUUCUAAUGGCCUAUCUCGGAGCCGAUGCGCUGAGGCAUACAAGCAGUUGUAUCAGUAAUCAUGGUCAGGUUAUGUCCACUGGCCUGGUAGAAGCCAAAGUUCAAUAAGUCUCUUAAAAUCAGACAGUUUGGGUGUGCUAUGAAAUGUCUUAAAAUAACUGUUGAUUCUGUAACACAUAUUACACAGAAUUGGUGGAUAUGGUCUCAGGGAGGGAGAGAAAUCUAGUAAAGAGUGAGUGACCGUACUGUACUUACACAGAAGUCCUGGCAUUGAAUCCCUGUACAGU